UAACCUGUCAUUGGAUAACAAGGAGAGUGGUUCCGCCAAUAGGAGCAAUAGGAGUGCUUGCGCCCACCUACGCCCACCUACCUCUAUUACACCACGUGAGGGAGCACCUCUCACCUGGGCCUCCCCACCUGCCACCUCUCACCAGGGCGCGUCUAGCUACAGACGGGAAGGUAGGACGUCCCAAGAUCGAAGUCUUCCAACAGCGAAUACUUGCACUAUUCCUUGCCACGGACUUCAACUUGGAGCUAAGCCGAUCAUCUAUCCACUAUAUCCCAGACCAUCAUGUCAUCUGUCUUCAUCACUGGAUCUAAUCGUGGGAUAGGAUUGGAGAUUGUAAAGCAGCUCCUUGCUCAUGCUAGCCCUCCAGCAACCUUGUUUGCAACCUGCAGGAAUCCAGACUCUGCCACUGAACUACAAGCCCUUGCGAAAAACCAUUCAAAUUUAAAAAUUGUCAAGCUUGAUGUUCUUGACUUUGACAGCUAAUAAAGGAUUAAAUGUUCUUAUAAAUAAUGCUGGUAUCAUUCGUGGUAGAAAAGGCAGCCUCUCGUUAGUUAAUGCCCAGGACAUGAUUGAUGUUUAUUGCACAAAUACAGUAGCUCCAAUUCUUCUGAUUAAGGCAUUACGACCUCUACUGAAACAAGCAGCAGAGGUCAAUAAGUCCUCUACAGGAGGCUGGUCUCGUGCAGCCAUAAUAAACAUUUCUUCGAGUCUUGGUUCCGUGUCUAGUAAUGAAAUUGGGGGAUUUUUAGAGUACCGGGAAAGUAAGGCUGCGUUGAAUAUGGCAGCUCGUUCAAUAGCAUUAGAACUUGGACCUGAGAAUAUACUAGUGCUCAGUGUGUGUCCAGGAUGGGUUAAGACAGACUUGGGGGGGACAGAUGCAGUCGGCACGGUGGAAGAUAGUGUGAAGAGCAUGCUGAAUUUGUUUUAUAAUCUCAAACCUGAAAACCAUAACACAUUUGUUCAGUGGGAGGGCAAGACUGUACCUUGGUAAUGGUAAUAUCUAUCCUAUCUGAGAUAAACGGUCACAUUGUAUUUCACUAUAACCAGUUCUCAAUGUUCCAACGUGACUUUCAAAUAAAGUGUAUGAUUUAUUACCAAAACCAAUUUUACUUUUGUCAGUUGAGCGAGCAGUCGCUACAUCAGACCUGGACAAUAAAUGAAGUGGAAAGAA